CUUACCCAAUCCACCCAGGAAGUGUCAGCAGUGGGACGAAUGCAAAUAAGAAACAACGGUAAUUACCGAGAAUAGCAAAAUUCAAGAAAGACAAGAGCCCGCUCCUGACGAGCAGCAAUUCUCUACUUUUAGACUGAGCAGUUCUGUGGUUUAAACUAUGACUUAUUUUACGACCGAGAGACAAACACGGAUCACGUCGGCGUUGUUUUGUGCCGUUGUGUUGUGCGUUAGCUUUGUUAGCGAGGGGGGAUGCCAAACAACUCCAUCACCAACGACUGCCUGUUCCACGUACAAAACCUGUGACACUUGUGUUCCACAUGCCAAGUGUCUGUGGUGCCUCACCAACAACAACUGCACAGACUACCCAGUGAGCUGGUUGCUGCCUCCAGCAUCAGUGUGCAAGUUGUCUCAGGCCCGAUGGGGAGUGUGUUGGAUGAACUUUGAAGCUCUGAUUAUUGCCCUGGCUGUCCUGUGUGGAACCAUCCUCAUCAGCAUCACCGUGUGCUGCUGCUGCUGCUGUUGCUGCAAUAAGCGUCGUUCAGGGCCUGACAGAGAUGAGGAGAGAUUUGCCAGGAAGAGAGAAGAGAUUAGACAGCGCGCAGAGGAACGGAAUGGGGAGAGAAAGGCAAGGCAUGACGAGAUCCGCAGGAAGUAUGGUCUGAUCGGUGACGCGGACCACCCAUACAGCAAGUUUGAGAACGAGUAAAGCAUCUGUAUUGGGGGAGCUCCACUGGCAGCAUGUUGAGCUGCUCUGCUGUUUGAAAGAAGAAAAUCUGAGUUUCUUUUGCAUUGGGAUUCUUGAUGAUGAUGAUGAUGAUGAUGCAGUGUUGUGUGUUGGUCUGACAUUGAAGCUUAUUUAAAAUAUAAUUAUUCUUUAAUUAAUAAUUAUUCCUGCAAAGUUGGUCCUUAUGAGAUUUCAUUUUAUGACUCUCUUUUUACAUAUUGUAGUUUCAUAUCAGUCUGUGCACGUAGUUGUAUGUUCUUUGAACAUACAGUAUUGAUUUAUAGAUUACAAAAUGAUGAUUAUACUGCGGAUUUGAUCUGACACACCAAUAAAAAUAUACUCUUUUAACAAUGA